AUGACGGAGCGUAGCAGAAUCCGCAGCGGACCAAUGCCAUGGCAACAUGAUAGAUGUUGUUUCUACAGGUCAACCACUAGGAAAACUAUGGCCUGGUCUGAAUCUGUGGACACGCUACUAGCCAAUAAAGACGGCCUGGCAGCUUUUAGAACAUUUCUGCGCUCUGAGUUCAGCGAGGAGAACAUUGAGUUCUGGCUGGCCUGCGAGGACUUCAAGAAAACCAAGUCCUCUACUAAAAUGGUCUCAAAAGCCCAAAAGAUUUAUUCAGACUUCAUACAGGCUGAUGCUCCAAAGGAGAUAAAUAUUGACUUUCAUACGAGAAACCACAUCUCUCGGAAUAUCUCCGAGCCCACCCUUGGUUGCUUUGACGACGCGCAGCGGUUGAUCUAUAGCCUCAUGGCAAAGGACUCUUUCAAAAAGUACCUCAAAGAGAGAUGUGCAGUCAUAAAGUUUUCUUUUAAAGCAUUCCCUUAA